CAACUCGACGUAGUUGUAAAAAGAGGGGGAGGUAAGUAAUUAUUUAGGGGGAAGAAAGAAAGAAACAAAGUUGUCGACCGUGCAAUGCACACGGGGAGGGAUUUUAUUUAUUUCGAGCGACUCGCCUUAGUCUAGCACCGGUCUGCUGGAGAUGGAAGAGUAACGGCGCGCCGGUUUCCCCUCCUCGUUUCCUCCUCUCUCUCCAAACUUCUCCGCUACUAUUUGGCCGAGUCCCGGACGGAGUUUCUCCUUUGAAAAACGGGAAUGAUAGAAGCGGUCGAGCGCAGGCGGAUGGACGGACGAGCGGACGGAGGAGUCUGAGCCAGUGCCUUGUGUGUUUUGUGUUGCCUCGGUUAAAGGUAAUCGUGUGGUUUUGUUUCUUUCUUUUCCAUUUUUCUUUUUUUCUUUCCGCGCACACUCAUUCCCGGGAUGAAUGGCAGAAGUCGGACUUGUUUUGUCGUCUCCCCCGGACCCUCAUGAAGCGGUGAUAUAGUUUGUGCGUCCCGCUGGAGCUGCCCGCUUUGUGCCGCUUCAAAAGGAGAAUUCAAACGGAGACAGAGAGACAGAGAGAGAGAGACACCCCCCCACACACACACUCAGCACUGGAUCACCACGACAUCAAAGCGACUUUUCUGAACUACACUUCAGACGAAAACGGAGAAGAUGCAGAUGUGGAGCCGCGUGAGGGUCCACAAAGGAGGCCCUCCGCGACUAUAGGUCACACAGAAGUGUCCUGGAUGCAUGUCCGUCCUGCUUCCUGGCUGGGCUGACUUGGACUCUCAGUAAUUGUCUUAAUAAUCCCAUGGAUUCUUCCUCGCCUCAGCCUACCUGUUCUUGUGGGGCUUCCACAUGAGGGCGAACCGGAUGACUCAGAGGACUUAAGUCAUGUAACCACUCUGAAAUGUCUUAAAAAGUCUUAUUUAUCUGUUGUGUAUUUAUUGUGUGUGUGUAUAUAUAUAAGCGGUCCUCUUUUCGUAGCUCUGAGCUAGAUUCAAGGCUGACGUUUCAACUAGGGAAAAACUGUAGAUUUACUUUCCUGCUGUACAUCUACCUACACUGUAUUCGAGAACAUUCGUUUGAAAGGGAGUUUAUUAUUAUUAUUAUUAUUGUUAGUUUUAUUGUUUCUUUUUACAAGACUUUGCCCAGGCAGGUAAAAAAGAAACACAACGAGGCUUCAUCAUGGACAGGCCGAUAAGCAAGUUACUGGAGAAGUUAAAGCUGACGGACUCGGGCAGUGUGAAAUUCAACAGUUCGAAGAAAAAGCACGACUCUGCCAGCAACUCCAACAACAGCAACGCCAACGCUGGCGUCUCCGGAGGCGGCGGCGGAGGGGGCAGCGGUCUGCCACCGGCUCCCAGCUCUGCAGCUGCCUCGCCCUCGAGACCCGGCCAGUUCCCGCUUGCCUCCGCAACCACAAGUGAUCCAUGUGUUCCAGCGAGUGGUAGAGGAGGAGGCGGAGGAGGAGGGAUGGGAAUGGGAAUGACUUCCUCUCAGCUACUCACCUCACCAUCUUCUUCCUCCGCGGCGGGCGCCGCGCCUCCGGAUGGCGAGCCGCCGCUUCACCCCUCCACCUUGGCCCCGCUGAGGCGUCCCUCCCCCCAGCAGCGGGCGUCCUGUUACCUGGGCGAAGGCGUGGAUUCCCACCUGAGGCGCGAGUCCGGCCUCGGCCCCGACUGCGACGCCCUGGGAGCGUUCGGCUCCAAGUCGUCCCUCAACCAGCGGCGCUACUCCCUGGAGCUCCAGCAGCUGGUCAGGCGGCAGCAGCUCCUCUCGCAGCCGCCCCCCCUCUCCGCCCCUCCGCCUUACCCCACGACCGCGGGGUACGGGUCGGCCCCCAGGGGCGGCGGCGGCGGUGGCGGCGGCCUGGCGGAGCCGGGCUACCUCUCUGAGCCCGAGAGGCACAAACGCUUCUCCCUCCAGGAGGCCCUGUUCUACAAACGCCUGAGCACGGGCAGCGAAGUGUGGGACAGCCCCAGGCCGGCGUCCCUCUCUCACCCGCCGCACCGGCCGUCGGACAUGACCGGGGGGAACAUAGGGGGGGCGUUCUUUUACCCCCCGGGGCCAACCUUGAGCCCGUGCUCGUCGUUCAGCCUCCAGGAGUCGGUGCUGGUCAGCCCCAGGUCCAGCUUCGCCUCCAGCACGGCCAGCGGCGGCGGCGGCGGGAGCCCCAUGGGGAGCCGCUGCAGCAGCAACCGGACCAGCGGCAUCAGCCUGGGCUACGACUCCCGCUACUCGGCGUCCGGGGGCCUCCCCCCGCAGCAGCAGUCGCCCUCCAUGCAGACGGGAGGCUCGGCGCCCGGUUACGGAGCCCUGGGCAGGGCCGGGGUCGCCUCCGUCGAGGCCUGGACUCAGUACCUGGAGGGGGGGAUGCGUCCGGGCGCGCAGGACAGCCGCCACUCGUACCCGCCCGCGGUCGGCAGCCCGGCAGCGACCUGCUACCAGGCGGGUCCGGAGUGGUGGGAUGAGCAGCAGGCUGGGGUCAGGGGCAAAGAGGCAAGCGGGAUGGGAGAGAGGGCCCGGUACUCGGACCUGCCCGGCACCCGGUACCAGGAGGAGCUGACCCACCUCCUGCUGAGGGACGCGGCCGUGGAAGGCGGGGGCCUGCUGAAGGGCCUGAUGCUGAAGGAGCAGUCUCUGACGUCGUCCCUUUCCAAACCGGGAACCGCGACGAUGUCCUCGGCCGUGGGUCCAGGGAAACCUCAGGAGGACCCUGGAGUUGGGGCCGGGGAAAACCGUCAGGAAUUCUUUGGAACCUGUGUGAAGUGUGGGAAAGGCGUGUACGGGGCGGAUAACGCCUGCCAGGCCCUGGACAACCUCUAUCACACUCGCUGCUUCACCUGCGUGUCCUGUGGGCGCACGCUGAGAAACAAGGACUUCUACAACGUCAGUGGCUCUGUGUACUGUAAAGAGGAUUACAUGUUUUCGGGAUUCCAGGCCGCCGCCGAGAAGUGUAGCGUGUGUGGCCACCUCAUCCUCGAACAGAUCCUGCAGGCCCUCGGGAACUCGUACCAUCCGGGCUGUUUCCGCUGCGUGGUGUGCUCCAAGGCUCUGGACGGGGUCCCUUUCACUGUGGACCAAAACAGCAACAUCUACUGCGUGGCAGACUACAACAAGACUUUUGCCCCGAAGUGCGCUGCCUGUUUACAACCCAUCUUACCUACUGAGGGCAGUGAAGAGAUCCUCAGGGUGGUGUCUAUGAACAAGGACUAUCACUUCGAGUGCUACCACUGUGAGGAGUGUGGUAAGCAGCUCUCCGAUAAGCCAGGCUCACAGUGCUUCCCUCUGGACUCUCAUCUCCUGUGCCACUCCUGUCACAUGAGCAGAGUGUGCAGCACACACAACAUUCCCCCUCACAACACACACUGACCGGCCUCUACGUAGCUGUGGGUUCAAUAAAAAAGAAAAGAAAAGCUGGUCUUAAUAUGCUUCUGCUGUCGUAGGUCUUCUUCUUCCACAUGAAACUGCUGACGUUCGAGACAUUUCCACGAGUUCACUGUCAUUUUGUCUUCGAUCGGUCCCUUCUGUCACGUGUACUGCCUGCUGUACUCCUGGCACUACUGCUGUACCACAGUUAAAAGGGAACAAAAGAAACUACUGCUUUUUUUUUUUUUUUUUUAACCCCAGUGUUGUUACUGUUUGCUUUGGAAGAACAAGGGAAUUUGCUGAACUGUUUUGUACAUACACUAUUGCUAGCAAACAUUUGCACUUAAAAUUUGAUUUUACUGUAAGAGAUUUGUGAAUCUGUACACGUUCUGGGGGGAAGAAAAAAAACAUUUUACAUUACUGUAUUUUUUUUUUUUUUGUAUGUUGAAAUAAAUGUUUUCGUUUCAGCUCAG